CCGAAUUGUGUAGGCGCCGUGUAUGGGAAACACGUGCAGAUUCAGGCCCCACCAAAUUCAGGCAGCCUAUACUUCAACUAUAAAGUAAUGUACACAUUGACCCGUUUUUGUUUGUAAAUCACUAUUUUCUCAAUAUUAACCAUUCAUCAUUCCAGGGCACAUACUCUAUAGUACUUAUGGCUAUAGUUGACAGCAAUCUGAAGUUUAUCCUUGUAGCCGUUGGGGCCUAUGGGCGGCAGAGCGAUGGCGGAACACUCGGAGCCUCAAGGCUAGGGAAAUUCUUGGAGCGUGGCCUCCUUGGUCUCCCGGCACCAAAAUGCUUACCAGAGACUUCAACGGUGGCACCCCACGUUUUCGUAGGGGACGAAGCGUUCCAGCUUCGCCCCGACUUUCUUCGGCCUUACCCAGGUAGAGGCCUAGAUGAAGGCAAACGAAUAUUCAACUAUCGGCUCAGUCGUGCAAGGAGGUGUGUUGAAAACGCAUUCGGGGUGAUGGCCUCGAGAUUUCGCAUUUUUCGCCGAGUUAUUAACUUGCUCCCCGAGAAUGCAGAUUAUGUGGUAACGGCUGCAUGUGUGCUGCACAAUUUUCUGAGCGAAGAUGCAGCUUACAUGCCACCAAACUAUGCGGACUCGGAAGACUGCUACGGUAACGUGACUGAAGGCCAGUGGCGGGAAGAAGACACCCAAGCCAUGCUUGAAUUGGCGCCUCCGGUGGGCCAUAACUACAGUCGUAGUGCAGCUGCAACAAGGGAGAUUUUCAAGGGCUAUUUUAAUAGCACGCAAGGAGCCGUGCCAUGGCAGUGGGCAUCAGCUGGACUGCGGCACUGAAGACAAUGCUCUGUGCCACCUCUCUCUCUCUCUGUCUCUCUCUGUGUGUGUGUGUGUG